AUGGCUACCUUAGUCUACCACGCGGUAAUCUUCCUACUUUUGAUCAUGUUUACGCUCGCUCAAGUUCGCAUUCCUAUCACAAGAAAGCUUCAUGCUCCACAUCCUGCUCUCAAUCGCGGUCUCUCUACCCGCGACUCCGUUUCUGCAUCUCUUGUCAACGACUUGACACAAGCAAGUUAUGUGAUCUCAGUCAAAGUGGGAACUCCGCCUCAGCAUAUUGAGUUGACUAUCGAUACAGGAAGCAGCGACACUUGGAUAGUUGCCAAUACUACUGCUUCAUGUACUGGUGUUCGAUUACCAGAGAAGAAUGGAUCUGCUCCAGUCCUGUGCGAGACACCAUACAACCAAAACGCUUCUGCGACUGUCGAAUUGAACAUCACUACCGAUAGAUUUAAUAUUGAGUAUCUGGAUGGAGGUAUAGCUAAAGGACCUUAUAUAGCUAAAGGACCUUAUAUAGCUAAAGGACCUUAUAUAGCUAAAGGACCUUAUAUAGCCGACACUUUUGUUCUCGGUAAUGCCACCAUUAAGUCUCUCCAGAUGGGUCUCGCCAACGACACAAAUUUCCAACUUGGAAUACUGGGACUUGGUUAUCCUAUCAACGAGGCCUCUGAUACCAUAUAUCCAAGUAUCAUUGACGAGCUAGUCUCCCAAAAUCUCGUCAGUACCAGAGCUUAUAGUCUCUAUUUAGAUUCGCAAGACUCAGCUACUGGAUCCCUUCUUUUUGGUGCAGUCGAUACCACCAAAUUUGUCGGUGAACUCGUGAACUUAGAUAUAGUACCGCAACCGUUCUGGAAUGGCUCGGUUCUCUACUCAUCAUUGCCAAUUGAGCUUGCUGCAGUGGGCAUCACAGAUCAAGAAGGCAAUUCUGCAAACGUGACAACUUCUCCUCAAGUUUUACUUCUGGACUCUGGAACCACGCUUACCAUAUUACCAACUGAGGUUACAAAGGUCAUAUUCAGGAGAUUCAACGCUUACGAUGACACAGACUCCACUGGAAAUGUCUACCUCCCUUGUUCAGUUCUCAAUAUUUCAUCCUCUUUAACAAUCGACUAUCUAUUCUCCUCAUCUUCUGCUUCUGCUAUGAUUAGGGUUCCCAUAUCAAAACUUGUAUUUCCACUUACAAAUCCGACUUACGCAUUGUAUCCCGAGGAUACUCUCCCAGAUUUGCCAUUUACCGGCGAAGCAUGUGCGUUUGGCAUACAAGCGACUUAUGCGGACUAUCAUUUGCUUGGGGAUACCUUUUUGAGAAGUGCAUAUGUGGUUUAUGAUUUGGAUAACAAUCAGAUUGGACUCGCGCAGGCCAACUUCAAGGAAAAUGAUGCGGCAAGCGAUGGAGAUAGAAACGAGUAUAUCGUGGAGUUGAAAGCGGGAAAAGCAAUCCCGGCUUUAACUGGCGUUAGUGUAACGAGCUCGGCGGAACCUAACCCUAUGAGUACCGCUAGCAAGACUUCGAGUUCUCCUUCUGACGCGGCAAAAGCUGCAGCGACUGGCAAGUCUAGUAACGCUGUAUCGAUGUUAAGGAAUGUGGAUUUCAGAGUUCUCAGUAUCUUCGUGCUGGGAGGAUUAAUUUUGAAUGGAGCGAUCAUCGCAUGA